CUUUUAUAUUUAUGUCAUAGACGCCGGUAAUCACGCGAUUCUACCGAUGAUAUAAAAUAGUUUACGAAACACGUGCGUUAUGGUUUUUUUUUACUCAUGGCAUUGUAAAAUUCACCUUUGACGCGUGUUGUGUAAUAUACUAUUUUUCCUUUAAUUCCAACUACUACCGUAUUUUACAGUUAGAGUGAUGAAGUUAUUGUCGACGUAGCAUGAGGUAGUGAUAAGAUUUCGACGACUACUAUCAACAAAUUAUCCGGAUAGUUCCCCAUUGAGGAAAUAAAAAUACUUGAUCAUUCUGACCCCUUUAUCAUUUAUGUGAGACGCAUCCGACAGGGAAGUGUAAUUCCAAGUGUUAUUACAUUCUCUAAUAUGAUACUGUGGAUACUUGUUCAAUUUUUGUGGAUUCUUCCAGGAUUCCUGGCAAAUGACGAUUUUCACCUGAAAUUUCCACCUGGAUUCACCAUCGGGGCAUCGAGUUCCGCUUAUCAAAUCGAGGGUGGCUGGAAUGCCAGUGAUAAGGGAGUGAGCGUGUGGGAUUGGUUUGCGCAUGAGAAAAAUUUUCUGAUUGAAGAUGGAUCUAAUGGAGAUAUUGCAUGCGAUUCAUAUCACAAGUAUAAAGAAGAUAUUGAAAUAAUGGAAAAAUACUCGACCUUCUGUUCCAGAGGAUCAUAUGAUUAUUUCGGACUAAAUCAUUACACCUCGAAGAUGGUGGAGCCAGUUCCAAAGAUGAAGGGUGAUCUUUGGCACCUUGACUCUGGUGUCAGGUCAUUCGCCAAUGCCAGCUGGCCGGGAUGUCCCACUGAUUGGCUGAGUGUCGUUCCUGAAGGUCUUGGAGGAGUUCUCAGGGACAUCAAGGAAGCCUACAAUAAUCCCCCAGUUUAUAUUCUUGAAAAUGGGGUAUCGUCCAAUCCAGGGUUUGCUGACUAUAACAGAAUAGAAUUUUUGUACGGUUACAUGAAGGAAAUGCUCCUGGCUCGGAACCGAGAUGGGUGUGAUGUUAAAGUUUAUACAGUGUGGAGUCUCUUGGAUAAUUUCGAGUGGGACAGAGGCUACAGUGAGCGCUUUGGAUUAAUAGAGGUCGAUUUCAAUAAUUUAAAUCGAACGAGAACCCCCAGGUUAUCAACACGAUGGCUUCGGGAAAUUAUUACCAGAGGAAAAUUGAUGAAGCUGGAAGAUUCUGAAUUAUUCAGACAAUUAUCACAAAAUUAAAUACAGAGGAAGUAAAUUAUGGUGGAAAUUUCCCAGAAUUAGAACACUUGCCCUAUGAACAAUAUUAUAUUUUUUUUCAAUUUAAAUUAAAUUUGUUUAAAAGAUA